AUGACGUUCUCUCCAUCUGCUUCUGGAUCGAAAAUCAAAAGAGGUCUAGGAGCUAUCAUUGAUUCUAUACCUACUCAAGCUGAUCGAAUUCCAGAUUCAUGCUCAGAAGGGUCAGAUGAAGGUGAAGAUCAUGGAAAUGAUGUCGACGACGAAGAAGACGUCGGUGUCAUCCCUACUCCUCAGCCUAUUCCUCUCACUCCGCAAGCCCAACAGUCAAGGAUAUCCAGUAAAGGAAAAGGAAGAGAGGUAGAUUCUCCUAGAGUAGACGUGAGCAUAGGUAGAGGUGGAAGAAACGUCUAUCAGGUUGUGACACCUAGUAAAUACGCUGAAUACUUCGCUGUUCAAUGGAGAAAACCGCAACAAAAGAAGCAUAGUGAGUCGAUUGUGUUUCUUGAUAAUUAG